AGUACAGCAAAACAGUCGGAAGGUAUUUGUGGACGAACUAUCAACAAUGAAUAUGGCGAUCAUCGGCAGCAUCUAAGCUAAAUUAACAAGAAUAUGUCAGACUGGAUAAUGCUUAGUAUGAGCCGGCUUUAUCCGCUGGUGUGUGCAACUGUUUAUUAAAAGAUUUCAAGCGAUGGAAUGAUUUCUUUUAACUUGUUCACUACAUAUUCAAAGCUGAAGGACAAAAGUGGGGCAACAACAAUGGGUCGGGAGUAGCGGUGUCUGUCACAUUCAAGAGGAAAUAAACGGGUUGUCUUUAUCAGUCGCUGGAUAACCCUCAACUGGCAAGUAUGGUGCUGAAGAUUUUCUUUCCCCAGUGCUGCAACACGGCCGACAGUGGCCUCAUGCUGGGUCGCUGGCUCCCUGGCCAUGACUCUGCUGUGGUCCUGGCUGUCAUCCACUACCCUUUCAUUCCUGGACAAGUCAAGAAGUACCUGAGCCAGAUGCAAAGUGAGACAGACGUGGACCUCACGGUGCUGGGCUCCUGGAGUAUGCCUAAAGAGGGCCAGGAGGGUAUGGACAGCUUUCUGAAGGACCUCAGCACCAUCUUCCCUUAUAGUCGCUGGCUGCAAAUUAGCCGUGAGGUCGGCAAACGGGGCUUCCACUGUGAGGUGCUACACAACGAGGGAACGCUCUUCACGGACAAAUCCAAGGGAAAUGAUAAAAGCAGCCACAAUGGAAAAGAAGACGCCGGUGACAAUGGCGGUAAAGAGAAGAUCAUCUUCAUCCACUAUGACCAGCGCAAGGUCAUGUUGUCUCAGCUUCACCCCGUCCAGGAGGCCAUACAGGACUCCGGAAAGGAAUCUUCUGAGCUGCGCGCCAUGUUCCAGACAGUGUCCCACAGCGAGCCGCUCUUCUUCCUGGAUAGGUACGACGACGGGCCUCUUAAGACCACGCACUGGCAGUCUGAGGGCAGGGAGGCCAGCAUCAUAGUGGAGCUGCUCAAGCAGGGCUCUGUACCUCUCUGCAUGCUCAUCACGUGGCUGCUGUCAGUCUGGCGCUGGGUAUGCAACAUCAGGAUACUGAAAACACGUCCUGUCAAGUUCAUUUCCAGCAAACUGUCAACUUGUGUUCAGUUUGGAUACAGAACAGAGCAUCUUCAAACAGUGGCGUCUACAAAGAAAGCCACAGAACACAAGGAGUUUAUGAGAAAAGCCAACAUUUUUGUGUCCUUUUUUGUGGACAUGGCUCUUGGACUGCUGUUGAUAUCUUGGCUCUACAGGGAAAAUCGCAUAGGCACACUUGCCAAUACACUGGUACCAGUUGCGGAUCAUGUAGCCAAAGAGCUUCAGGAACUGCUUGAGUGGCUAAUGGGCGCCCCAGCUGGUCUGAAGAUGAACAGGGCUCUGGACGAGGUGCUGGGGAGGUUCUUCCUCUACCACAUCCACCUGUGGAUCAGCUACAUCCACCUGAUGUCUCCUUUCAUCGAGAUGAUCCUGUGGUAUGUGGGCCUCUCUGCCUGUCUGGGCUUGACCUUUGCCCUCUCUGUGCUGUCAGACAUCGUGGCCCUGCUGACCUUCCACAUCUACUGCUUCUAUGUAUAUGGGGCCAGGUUGUACUGUCUGAAGAUCUACGGCCUGUCCUCCCUCUGGCGUCUCUUCCGGGGCAAGAAGUGGAAUGUGCUGCGGCAGCGUGUGGAUUCCUGCUCCUACGACCUGGACCAGCUGUUCAUCGGGACACUGCUCUUCACCAUCCUGCUGUUCUUGUUGCCCACUACUGCCCUGUACUACCUGGUCUUCACCUUGCUUCGUCUAGUGGUGGUGCUGUUCCAAGGCCUGAUCCACCUCAGCAUCGACCUCAUUAACUCGUUCCCUCUGUUUGCCAUGGGGCUACGUGUGUGUCGGCCCUACAGGCUCGCAGAGGGGGUGAAGUUUAGAGUGUUGACGGAGGAGGCUGGAACUCCCCUUCAUCUGUUAAUGGAGAUCAAUCCUAUAAAGUGCAGUACUGUGGUGCAGUGCUACCGGACGCCCACCUACAGUUGUUACCCCAAGGACUCGUGGGGGGCCCUGUGUAAGAAGCUCUUUGUGGGAGAGCUCAUCUAUCCCUGGAGUCGCAAGAGCACCAAAACAGAUUGAAGCCCCGAAGCAAGGUCAAGCAAGAGCAGCCCAAGAAACAAGCUCCAGUAGCCCUGUAGGGGACAGGGGGACGGGACAAGAGCAUACACAGGGAUGCAGAGGGGAUGUUUCCUUUCUUUUUCUUUUUUCAAAAGCAAAAAAAGCUAUAGCUGCCAAUAUAAUGAAGUAGUUCAGAUAGUGAAUCAAUAUAGAUUACGGUAUAGAAAGGUGAAUCCUAUUAACAUGUGUUUAUCAGUACUUCAUUCACAAAUUUCAGUUGUUAAAAGUGUUAUUUAGGAUUAUUUAAGAUACUUAUUUUGUAUAUGCAGAUCAUGGUGAAUAAUUUCCUACUGAGAUGUCAGAGACAGUUUUUUAACAUUAUAAAUAUUUACUUAAAAAGAAGACAAAUUAAUGAAUGCACUUGUUUAUUCUUACUAUAUUUUAUAUUUUCUUUUUUUUUAGUAGAUUAAAAAAUGUGCCAUCACAGUAAGAGAACACGAGAGAUGUAUUUUACAACCUGUAACCAUGGUGAGGACAUGCCAUCCAAUUUGAUUUGCUGCAGGGAAGAUAAACCAACUCUCAUUCCAAUCAUCUGACCAGGAAGACAAACCGUUGACCUUCCAGUCGGUCUGUCGUUUAGCACUGCCACCAUCUAAUUGUCUCUUCCCCGGAUGCUAUUUCUCACACUUGCUCCAAUCAGCAGAUAGUAUUUGUCCAGGGAGAGCUGGGGGCAGAUGAUGAUUGAUGAAGCUUUGUAGUACCUAGGUGCUGUGUAAAAACAGGUCCAUAAAUCCUUGCUGUUCCGGCCUAGGGACAGUUUGAAUGGGUUGAUCAACUCAGUUGCUGAAACACUGUGAAUUUCUCAGUUUUUUUCUGUUUUAUAUGCCUAUGAGCCUGAGACUAUGAGUCCUCCUUAAGACCCAAUGGUGACAGAUAUUAGUGUAUUACACUGCUAGGGUAAUUAUGACUUGACCACAAACCACGCUAGGCUAUACACCGUACAUGUGUGAUUAGAAAUUUGAUUGAGUUUGUUUUGUUAUAAUUGUGUUGUCUUAUUAAUCAUUCUGAUUUGUUCUUUAAUCUUUUAAGCUUUUUGUGAUUGAAAUACCUCUGUACAACAACUGCUGUUAAUUAUCCUGUUGUCAUUUGUAAUGAAUAAUCAUUAAAAUUUCUAAUUAAAUUAA